AUGGGUGCCAAUAACCAAUCAGCGGAAGUGCAGAUUAUGUCUACGAACGACAAAUCAACCGUGUGUAAGAGCCUGCACACUACAGUAAAUUUGAUGGAGACGCUUACAGGUGUUAUUGAGGUUUCCAGAACUCAUUUGCACACGGUCAUGUGCGAACUGAGCGAAAAUAACGGAGACGAGAAGCAG